CAGUAGCAAGGUGGGCCAGCCAGCAAAGGGAGAGAACACCAGAAGAGGCCUUCGAAUCCUUUUUAGUGGAACAGGAACUAUACUCAAGAACAAACAAACAAUCUGAUUCUAGAAAACACUUUGUAAUACACUGAGAACCAAACAUGAGAGGAGCUUCCUAUUCCCAGAAAUCCCAGUCCCUGCAGGUGAGCGGGACCCGCAGCAGUAUGCGGGUUCAGAGCCCCUCUCCCUCCAGAUGCCGUGGAUCCUCGUACAACAACCGCGGACGCUCCGGACACCAGGGCGGCAACGUGUCCUCAGCCGUGGAGUUGGGCACAGAGAUACACCAGGUCCAUGCCAACGAGAAGGAGGAGAUGCAGGAGCUGAACAUGAAGUUCGCCGGCUACAUCGAGAAAGUCCAGGCCCUUGAACAGAGGAACGCCCAGCUGACGGCCGAGCUGGCAGCGCUACAGGGCCGCUUCAAGGGAGGCCCCACCGGCAUCGGUGAAGAGUACAACCUCAAGUUCAAAGAGAUGAGGGAGCUGAUCGAAGCCUUGACCAAUGAGAAAGGAGCUGCUGAUAUCGAGAGGGGAUACAUUGAGGAGGAGGUGGAGGUGUGGAGGAUGAAACUGGAAGAAGAGCUGGCACUGAAAGGUAGGGUCUCAGUGUCACACUGACCACUGGCUGGGGAGUGGGGAGAUUUUCUGACACCAAUCGUAUAGAUUCACGUCAUUGUUAAAUAGAUGUAAACAGUUGUUGGUGAGGGUAUGAUGCACUUUUGUUUGCAUGAAACAUGGAACCAGAUAUUUUCCUUUUUUGAUGUAGAAUCCUAGAUUGUCACAUUUGAUUAGUGUGUAUGUAGUCAAGUGUAUGUAGGCAAGUCUUUGGCUUAUCAUACACCCCAUUAAAUACAAUUGAUGCCAAUACUGUAUAUAGUACUAACACCACCACUGUUGUGUUUUUAACCUAUCCACUCUCUAUUUGUCCGUCUCCAGAGGAGGCAGAGAUGAUCCUGAGGGAAUUCCGUGAAGAUGUCGACAACGCCACUCUGCAGAAGGCUGAGCUCGAGAGGCGCGUCGAACAGCUGGUGGCCGAGAUUGAGUUCCUCAAGAAGCUGCAUGACGAGGAAGUCGCCGACCUCAUGAAACAGAUCGAGGACUCCAAGGUGACCGCGGAACUCGACGGUGACCGCCCCGACCUCGCCGCCUACCUCCGUAACAUGCGCGCCGAGAUUGAGACUGUGGCGGCCAAGAACGUCCAGGAAGCCGAGAAGUGGUACAAGGGCAAGUUCGAAACCCUCAAAGAAGUUGCCGGCAAGAAAGAAAACCAGAUGAUGGCCAUGAAAGAAGAGAUCACCACCUUCCACAGCCAGGUGACAGACCUCCAGAACCAGAUUGACGGGCUGAGGGCGAGCAACGUGGCCCUGGAGCAGCAGUUGCAGGACAUGGAGAUGGCCCACAUGGAUAAGGUCGGAGGCCUGGAGGGCAUCAUUGCUCAGCUGGAGCACCAGCUCUGCGAGACCAAGAUGGAGAUGGGCAAGUACAUGGCUGACUACCAGGAGCUGCUGCACAUCAAGCUGAAGCUGGACGCUGAGAUCGCCGUCUACAGGAAGCUGCUGGAGGGAGAGGAGAGCAGGCUGGGGAUCUCGGCAGGGAAAGAACCAGCAGCUUAA